AUGAAAGCCACGAACGGUUCAAAUCUUAACGCCGAGUGGUAUCGAAACUUUGAAAGCUUGCCUGAAUCUGAUGAUAUUUGCUUCGCCAUAUGUAAUGAGUUCUUUGAUGCGCUGCCGAUUCACCAGUUUGAUUUCAACGAGAACACCCGCCAGUGGAGAGAAGUGAUGGUGGACGCCGACCCUGUUGAAAAAGAAAAGCUUCGUUUUGUCACUGCUCCUGGCGACACCCCUGCAGCUAAGGCACUCCUCCCCAUGUUCGACAAUGAAGAUCUUGAGGGAAAAAGACGGGUAGAAGUGUCCCCUAGUUCAUUAAUCCACUGCCAGUGGCUUUGCGAAAGGAUAAUGAAACAAGGUGGUUCAUCUUUAAUAAUCGACUACGGACACGAAGGACAAAAAGAAGACACUCUCCGUGGUUUCAAAAAUCAUCAGCUCGUCGAUGUGCUGGAAAAUCCUGGAGACGUGGAUAUAACUGCCGAUGUCAAUUUUUCCCACUUGAGAUCUGUCGCUGAAGCCGUCGGGGUGGAUGCAAGUGAAAGUAUCACACAAGAUGUGUUUUUGAAAAAUAUGGGGAUUGAUACAAGAAUGGAUUUGAAUAAAUCUGGGUCGCAAAACGAGACGAUAUUCAAGAGGGUUGAAGAAAUCUCAAAACUGCUUUGUCUGUCGAAUCGACAAGUAACCGAUGAUGCUCUGCUCAACAAUCUCCUAACAGAACUGAAUAAAUACAUCAUCAAAUGCAAGAAACAGUCCGAACUAAAAGCAAGGAGCGCCGAAUUCCUCAAAAUCUUGCGAGAAGCAUUCAACAACUGCGAAAAUCUGAAGGCUAACAAUCUUGCAUUUUUGAUCGAGUUCUUCGGCAAUUCGAUUGAUUACUUUGAAGCUCCGGUGUGUAUCAAGAGCUUUUUGAGGCUCCAAGAAAGCGAUAUUUUUGAAAAGGAAGCGUUGAUCAGAAGUUCUUGGCUAUCAGCAUACACUGGUUUCAUCGAAAGAUUCGAAGAAGAAAUCAGCAACGAAGAAGCCAGAGAAGUCAUUCAAAAGCUUUCCAAUGAUAUUUCUGUCUUCGUCUCCCGCCAAGCUCAACUCACAACGAUCGCUCUUCUUCUGCGUAACAAAGAAAAUCAAGACGAAUUCGAAAAGAUCGUUAAUGAUUGCGUCUUCCCCUCUUCUGAUUUUCUCUACUCGCUUCUCGUCAAUGUCAAGAGAAUGAAAUCUUCGGGAACAAGUCCUGUCGAGCUGUGUAAGAAGAUUUAUUCUUUGAUGUCCAAGGAGCAGAAAAGCGCUAGAAUCGUCGAACUUUAUUUGGACAUGCAUUCAAUAGCAGCCGCCCCUGGUCUUUCUGAAGACGAAUGUUUCGAGAUCACCGACGAGUUUUUCAUAAAGGAGCAUUUUCGUAUUCACACGCUGGUAGCUUCGAUGCAAGAUGAUCCAAAUACCGCCGUGGGUGGAUGUUUACAAAGAAUGCUGGCAAUUUUGGACGAUGAAGAACAACCACAUGUGCAGUUUCUCGAUGUUUUGAAGAAAAUUGAUAAUUAUCUGUCACCUGAAUGCAGACUCUUAGUUGUUAAUUUUUACAAAAACUACUUCAAAAAUAUGCCUCCAGUCUUCAACAAAAAGCUUCAAUUUAUGACGAUAAAAAUCUUCGUUCAUUUCAUGACAACAAAUACUUCUGAAGAUUUCGAAAAAACACUGUAUUCAACCCUCUUCGAAGUUUUGACAAAUGAUCGUGUUUCUGAAAAGCUAAAAUAUCCAAUCUACUUGGCCUUUGGGUAUUUGACGAACAAUGACUCCGUGAAAGAAGUCUGCAAGUAUAUUCCAGAUGCUUAUGGCGCGAUAACAAUUGAAAACUGGCAACUGAAAGAUUCUAUUCUGGAAUGCUUCUAUGAAUGGUCGAAGAAGAGUUUUUCAUAUGAUGAGAACUUCAUCAAACAGUCGGAAGCGAUUCUGAAAAAUGCAGUAGAAGAUGAGAAUCCUUCCGUGAGGACGAGCGGGAUCAGAGCGUACGCACUUUUUGCAGAAAUCAACAAAGAAAAAUGUCCAGAAAUUCUUGUUCAGCUUCUCGAGCGAACGACUAGCGACAUGGACUUUAGUACUCGUCGAAUGGGAGUGCUCACCGUCUCAAGAAUUCUCAAAAAUAUACAGUCUCCAUUUGAGCAUUCAGAGAUGGAAGCGAUCAUACACGACACAUCCCCAAUUCUGGAAUACAAGCGCCGGAAGAUCAACAACUUGUUGAGCUUAAUUUCUUACAUGGUUCGUGAUGAUGAUUGGGAAGUGCGUAAGAACAUUAUUGGCUUGAUCUGUGAAUGUAAAGAUCGCAAUGAAGACAGUAAAAUAGCCGCUUAUUUAGAAGAAAUGCUAAAGCUACUCAUUGAAGACCAAGUUGGAAUAGUUUCGGAUGCAGCAAAACGAGCUCUCGGAAUAGAGCUCUCAAGUCGGAAGGAAUACAGUACCGAGAGGCUAGAAGAAAUUCUGACAGACAUAGAGUUGAACCUGGCCGUGAUUCAUGAAGAAGGAAAGCUGGAAUUUUCAGAUAACGAGAUGGAUAACUUUGCUGACUGCUAUUAG